UUCUUUUUUUUUCAUUUUCGGACCGUCAUUCAGUGGCUGGAUGGCGUGGGACAGGUGUAACCAGGACUUGGUGUGGAGAGAAUUAGAGUGUGCUGCCUUGGUUGGUGAAGACCAGCCCCUCUGCCCAGAUCUCCCUGAACUUGACCUUUCAGAGCUGGAUGUCAGCGACUUAGAUGCAGACAGCUUCCUGGGUGGCCUCAAAUGGUACAGUGACCAAUCGGAGAUCAUUUCCACUCAGUAUGGCAACGAAGCAGCCAAUCUUUUUGAGAAGAUAGAUGAAGAAAAUGAGGCCAACUUGCUGGCAGUGCUUACAGAGACCCUGGACAGCAUCCCGGUGGAUGAGGACGGAUUGCCUUCGUUUGAGGCCCUGGCAGAUGGGGACGUGACCAAUGCCAGUGACCGGAGCUGUCCCUCCUCCCCUGACGGCUCGCCACGCACCCCAGAGCCAGAGGAGCCUUCUCUGCUGAAGAAGCUCCUUCUGGCACCAGCAAACUCCCAGCUCAGCUAUAAUCAAUACACAGGUGGCAAGGCACAGAACCAUGCAGCCAGCAGCAACCACCGGAUCAGACCACCACCUGCCGUCGUCAAGACGGAGAGCCCCUGGAAUGGCAAAGCAAGAGGGGGCUCCAGCCAACAGAACCGCCCGGUGAGGCGGCCUUGCACUGAGCUGCUGAAAUACCUAACGGCCACCGAUGACAUCCUGCUUCAACAACAACAACAACAACAACAACAACAACAACAACAGCAGCAGCAGCAGCAACAGCAGCAGCAGCAGCAGCAACCGCCGCAGCAGCAUCACCAGCGAGGUGAGAGCCGGGCUGCAGGCGAAUGUAUUGUGGCUGGUGUUGGGGCUGGGAAGUGGCAGCGUUGCUCUCACGAUGACGGGGUUGAGGAGUCGGAGGGUGCUUCUAUCCCUGUCGGCCACAGAACCUCCACCUGCGGUCAUGCCUGCCCCAAACUGGAGCACGGGCCGCCCAGUGAAGAAGGAAGGCCGCCAGGCGAUGUGGGCCGCCUGGCCGCCGCUAGGUUUAUUAGGUAUAUGCAUUCUUAUUCCCUCCCUCCCCGAGAGGUGAGUCACAGCUGUGAGCAUUGCCGAGAGGCUGCGGGCGCCACUCAGGCUAGUGAGGGCUUUGGCAGGCAAGGCCGUAGUAACCGCAGUGUUGCCAGCCGUACGCCACAUAGGCACGUCACAGUGACUAUUAGGAAAAGAGAUGAGAAGCCGGGGCACCCCUUACUUAGCCAGCUGCUCACCUCCAAACAGAGGCCUGCUCGAUAUCGGGCCCAUCUACUCCCACCUAAGAUCACCCCUUUACCUAGCACUCAGAGAAAAUUAGCAGGUAAGAGGUCUGAGAGCCGAGUUCAGGCUGUUUCAAAGGUGGAGGAGGAAAAGUUCAGAGGGACCACUGAUCUUAGAAACCAGGGGGUAAGUGAGGCUAAAGAGCCUGACUCAGAGCCCCUGUUGUCACCUCUUGCCUUUGACCUAGAAAGCUGGGUUAACCAGCCAGGGUUAGAUAUGGGCUUUGGACUAGAGCUGGGCUGGCCAAACCAAGGGGGCUAUGGGGAGGAUGUUGACCAUGAUGAUGAUGAUGAUGAUGAUGGUGUUGAUGAUGAUGACCAUGUCAUGGGAAGCCCCGCAGCGGUGCUCUCACAGGGCCCACCAAGCCCACUCUUCCCAGAUACUAUAAUUGCAGAGCCCGCCCCUCCCUGCAUCAUAGAAGGGCAAGGGCACCCACACAGGCAGGCACUCAGCGAGCACCCCGACGACCAGGGCCACCCGUUGUUAGCCAAACCAACCACCUUGCCACUUCCUUUGACCCCAGAGUCUCCAAAUGACCACAAGGGAUCACCGUUUGAGAACAAAACCAUUGAACGCACAUUAAGUGUGGAGAUUGCUGGAACCCCAGGUCUGACACCACCUACCACGCCCCCACACAAAGCCAGUCAAGAGAAUCCUUUCAAAGCAUCGCUCAAAACCAAGUUGUCUUCAUGUUCCUCCUCGGCCUUGGCAUGCAAAAGAGCCAGGCUGAGCGAGUUGGGCCCCGGCGCUCUGGCCCCGGCCCCAGGUGCCUCAGGCGGGGGCCCCACCAGGAAGGGUCCCGAACAGACUGAGCUAUAUGCCCAGCUGAGCAAAGCGUCCACCGCCCUCCCUUACUCCGUCACUCAACAAAUAGUGGAGGGCGGCCUUGAGGAGCAUCGCAGCACUAGCAACAAUAAGCGCGUGGCGCCCCGUGGCUACAGUGACCAUGACUAUUGCCAGGCAUCAGCUAGCACAAAGAAGGAUGGCAGCACAGCCACUGUUACCAUGACUAGAGCAGCGGAAAAGACGGUCACCCCAGGUGCCACUGCUGCUCCCAUGCCUGCUGCAGGCACAGUGGAGGACAGGCAUGUCGAAUGUAAGGACUCAGCCAUGCCACUGUCCUCUUCAUCAUCUUCAUCUUCUUGUUCUCCAUCAUCCGCUUCAUCUGGUCCUUUGGCUAAGCAGCAACAUUUUGCAUCUGUGGAUGGAGAAGCAGCCCAGAUCCAGGGUUUAGGGAAGCAAACCUUGACACAAACCACCCAGAUACCCUCACAAGAGGCCAUUAGUGAUAGGGACCAACAACACCCUUCUGCCAUCAACCGGAAGCCCCUGUGCGACCAGGAAAUCAGAGCAGAACUUAACAAGCACUUCGGCCACCCAUUAAAAGCCCUGUACAGCAAGGAUGGCCAGAAAAGAGAACCAAGCAGCAAACCAAACAAGGCUGCAGCCCCUCAGAACACUGAGGAGGGAGAGGGUGACUACUACUCCCAGAAGCUGUCUGGAUCAAGCUACCUGCACCCAGGGUUCCUGCCCCUCCACGAUGAGCUAGAGCUGGGUGAGGGCCGUGAGAGUCGUUUUCUUUAUCCAUGGGAGGGCACCCCUCUGGACCUACUCUUUGACUGCCCUCCCUGCUCUCCCUCCUGUUCCCCACCAUCCAGCUGCUCCCCUUCACGAGGUUCCGUCUCCCCACCUUCCUCCCUCCUUCUCUCGCCCAGCAGGCCUUUCUGCUGGACCAGCAGCGGGUCCCGCUCCCGUUCUCGUUCCCACUCUGGCUCCCGCAGCUCCUCUUCACACUACCGGAGGCGCUCCCUCUCCACCUCACCUGACAGACGCCCCUCCUCUUGGUCUCGUCACAACACAGAUUCAAGCACUUUUCGUUCCAGGACUCAUAAGAGCCCCCACCCUCAGCCUCGAUCUCCUCUCAGCCGCAGGCCAAGGUAUGACAGCUAUGAGGAGUACCAGCAUGAGAGGCUGAAGAGGGAGGAGUACCGCCGGGACUACGAGAAGCGGGAGUUCGAAAGGGCCGAGCAGAGAGAGAGGCAAAAGCAAAAAGCAAUAGAGGAGAGACGGGUGGUGUACGUGGGGCGACUGAGGUCCGACUGCACCCGGACAGAGUUGAAGCGCCGCUUUGAAGUCUUUGGCGAAAUUGAAGAAUGUGCAGUGAACCUGAGGGACGAUGGGGACAAUUUUGGCUUCAUCACGUACCGCUACACUUGUGACGCCUUUGCCGCCCUUGAGAACGGACACACCUUACGCAGGUCAAACGAGCCUCAGUUCGAGCUGUGCUUUGGCGGACAAAAGCAGUUCUGCAAAUCACAUUACACAGACUUGGACUCCCAUUCUGACGACUUUGAUCCAGCCUCCACAAAAAGCAAGUAUGACUCCAUGGAUUUUGACAGCUUGCUGAUGGAGGCCCAGCGCAGCCUGAGAAGGUAACCAGUUCAGUGGCACCUGCUGUCUGUCACAAAGAGGGACUUCUUAUACCUCACUGUUGUUUCUCGCUCCUUUGACGACGAGACUACAAGAAGUUUUACACUCUAUAUCAUAGAGUAUAUAAGAAUAAGUCUAUAGACCUAUAUCAAUAUAAAUGAAUAUAUCAAAAAUAAAGUUUACAUGAACAUAGCUGCUGAAGAGCUGGGAAGAGACAAUGCAUUCUGGAAAAGCCAGUGAACCCUCAGAACCUGGUGCACAGGUUUGGUGCACUCUACUGCUGUACAACCAUCAGUGAAAGAAGAAAAAAAAAACUAUUUUUUUUUUUUCUCCAAGCACUACAAUGCCCACAAUUCUUUGGGGGUGAAAACAUGCAGCUUGUUCAGCCAGAUUUGUUUUUCUUCUGCUGUUGAUUUUCUUUUCUUCUUUCUUUUAAAUCUGGUGUUUGGAUCUGGUGUUACAUUACAAACAAGAGUAUAGGGAAUUGUAUCUUUGAGGUAAAAUUCUCAAGGUAACAUUGUUGUCUACAUUUUAAGGAGAAAUGUAGCUGUGUAUUUACAAAUACUAUAAAAAGGAAUAUUUUUAUUUUAUGUACAUAUCGGAUAAAGUUCUUUAUUUGUUACAGCUAUGCACUGUAAAACGCAGCCUUUUUUAAAAAUGAGGAGAACAUUUCUUAAUUCAGAAUGUCGAUCUGUAGUAAUUACAAUACUGUUAAACAUAUUGUACACCUACAUGAUGUUUUGAAGACAUGCUAUGAUUGUAAAAAAAGAAAAAAAGAUCUGUGUGAUUGCUCAUUUUGAGGGAGCAUGUGAACAAACGUUUUUAAGUUAUUUUGUUUGGGAAAAAAACAGUCAACCAUGUAUAGUUUUCUCUGUUUAUAAAGUUUCUCAAUCAGUGUUUUUGCUUAUACAACCAGUGUAAAAUGCAUUUUUAACGUGUUUUUCAUGAUUGUAAAAAAAAAAAAAAAAAGGUACCCCAUUUUUUAUUAAUGAUUUCUGAAGCAAUCAGUAUAUAAAUACAACACGGUUUGAUUUUAUUGCUUUGUAUGGUUCUCGUUUUGAUUACCUUCAGUGAGAGAGAAUAAUGCAUUCAAAUCUUUUCAAUCAGUACAAACAUAUUUAUCUAUUUAUUUUAAUAUUUGAAUCAAAAAAUAUUUAUGGGCUCCAUUUAACAUGGCGUACCUCAUGAAAUUUAUUUGCUAUUUAUGUUGUUAUUUGAUUUUUGUUAUUUAACUUACAAUCACUAGACAGGGUGUACAAUAAAUGGUUUGGUGGGGAUAAUAUUACCUUCUAUGCCUUUCUGAAACAAUCAGAACAUUCAGCUAAUCACUCCAGCAGUCAGCCCCCUCUUCAGAUGUGCCGCUCAUGAUUUUAGUGAUUUCUGUCUCCACUAUCAGUCAGAUCGGCAGCAUGUCGCUGGUUUUUCUUUUUUUCACACACAAGCAGAACAUGAAGCAAUAAAAUGAUUUUUGCAGGAAUUUUCUUGUACCACUGUAAACACUUUUGUCAUCGCUCCACUCACGCUUGAUUAUGUGAAUGCCAAACAAAAGUUUACAAUUUCCUUUCCUGAAUUUUUUAAAGAUCUUGUAUUUGAUGUACAAAAUAUAUAUAUACAAUGAUGAUACUACUAAUAUUCUUCACAAUAAUUACAAGAUGAUUAAUAAUAACAAUGAUAAUAAUAUAAAUGAAAGAAAAAAACUAUAUAAAAAGCAAUAAAUUAUUUUUCAGAGUUGUAUUUUAGCUCCUACUGUUGUGUGAUUUUUGGACUUGACCCAUUACCCAGUCGCUGGUAGCUAGGAUGACUCCAUUCCAGUAUCUUGGCAUUUCAUCACCGUGACAUUACCCUGUGCGGUAAAUACUUGAAUGUCCCCUCUCCCACCUGCUCUUCCCUUUAAGAUGUAAUUGAGUCUAUGUAAUUUGUAAUGCACGCAUUACCUUGUGACAUCUGUGCAAACGUGACUGACUCUUAACUUCAACCUGUGUGUACAAUGUGUCGAGUUGAAACUGUUUGUUGUGUAGUGCAUGGCUAUUACAGGCUGGCAGUCGGUACAGUAUAUACCACUUUGGAUAUCUGCCCCUCAGCUGUCUUAACUGGCAGAUUUUAAAUGACAUUCUAUAAGCCUAGAGAAAACUACUCAACAAUGUAUCGCAUGCCGCACCACUUUCCAUUACCACCCCGCCCCUCCACCCCACCUCCACUCACAGUCCAGAUAUCACAGCACCGUCGACAUGACAUAAAAGGUAACCUUGCGGUUUCUGGUUCAAUUAAUAUCCCGUUUCUAGCGAGAGCCAAGUAAUGAGAGAACCAGCUUCCAUCACAGGAAGGAAAAAUCUUUUGUAUGAAAGCUUUGCUGAUCACAGGCUUUCUUUCAUGGAGUUUGACUGUGGAGACAAGAAACGGCAAAUUUUCAUGAUGCAAAGAUACAAAAAUUGGUUGAGUAAAGGAUUACAAAAAAAAACCCUUUACCUGUGUUUUAUGACAUUGUUUUACUUUUUUGCUGUCUGUGUAGCGUUUGGGUAAUGGUGUCGUGUCCCAUUUGAUAGAUGUGGCUUUAAUCAUUGUAAUAAAAGAAAUGCUUUGUAAAUUGCCUAGAGUAGCAAUAUAUUAUAACACCUUAUGGUUCAAAUUUCAACUGUGGCGGACUUUUUAAUAAUGUGACCUAUUGAGGACUUUGCCACUGCUUAAACGUUUGUUCGGUAAUCAUGUUUCUUUUGGAAGGACAAUAUGUGUAUGAGCCUAUGUAUGUAUGUUUGAGUUUGUGUGUAUGUGUGUGUGUGUGUGUGUGUGUUUGUCUGUGUGAGCUUGUGUGAGUGUGUGUGUGUGUGUUUGGGGGGAGGGGGGAUCGCUGUGGGUUGUUACCUGUUUGUGUCCUAUCCACGUUGCCUUCUGCCAAGU